AUGCCUAUUAAUGUCACGUGUACUGGGCCAGAUGGGGACAAGACAGAUUUUCGAUAUUUUAUCUAUGCAGUGACAUAUACUGUAAUUCUUGUGCCAGGUCUCAUAGGGAAUAUAUUAGCCUUAUGGGUAUUUUAUGGCUAUAUGAAAGAAACCAAACGGGCUGUGAUAUUCAUGAUAAACUUAGCCAUUGCUGACUUACUACAAGUUCUCUCCCUGCCACUGAGGAUCUUUUACUACUUAAAUCAUGACUGGCCAUUUGGGCCUGGCCUCUGCAUGUUCUGUUUCUACCUGAAGUAUGUCAACAUGUAUGCAAGCAUCUACUUCUUGGUCUGCAUAAGCGUGAGACGGUUUUUGUUUCUUAUAUAUCCCUUUCGCUUCCAUGAUUGCAAACAGAAAUAUGACCUAUAUAUCAGCAUUGCUGGCUGGUUGAUCAUCUGCCUUGCCUGUCUUCUCUUUCCUCUCCUCAGAACCAGUGAUGACACUGCAGGUAACAGAACCAAAUGUUUUGUGGAUCUUCCUACCAGGAACGUCAAUUUGGCCCAGUAUAUUGCCAUGAUGACCAUUGGCGAGUUGAUUGGGUUUGUCACUCCUCUUCUGAUUGUCCUAUAUUGUACCUGGAAGACAGUUUUAUCACUGCAUGAUAAAUAUCCUGUGGCCCAAGACCUUGGGGAGAAAAAGAAAGCCUUGAAGAUGAUUCUAACCUGUGCAGGAGUAUUCCUAAUUUGCUUUGCACCUUAUCACUUCAGUUUUCCUUUGGAUUUCCUGGUCAAGUCCAACAAAAUUCAAAGCUGCCUAGCCAGAAGGGUGAUUCUAAUAUUUCAUUCAGUUGCUCUCUGUCUUGCUAGUAUGAAUUCCUGUCUUGACCCAGUCAUAUACUACUUCACCACUAAUGAGUUCAGAAGACGACUUUCAAGACAAGAUAGCAUCCAACUCCAUGCAAAAUCCUUUGUAAGCAACCAUACCACUGAAUUAUGCUAA